GUUUAUUCAUGUGUAGUAUUCUGUGUAACUCCGAUAUCGAGCACAUGGUAACUGAACUGGCAAAGAGGGUCAAGGUCUUGUUUACCGUCUCCGCUUACUGUUCCUCCAGAAGGACCGAGGUGAAGGUACCAGCAAUGUGGGCUCCAGCACACACAUACACAGCCUUUACUAUAUGAACGAGACUUCAAUGUACGUACGUGCGCUAAUCAAAGUAAAACCACGGGCCUUGGGUUCAACGGAACCACCCGACUAUUAAAUAAUAGUUCUACCACAGCGCGUAACUCUGCGCUGCUGUGGAGAAUCGUCUGAGGGGGCGUGGCCUCGCCAGCACAAUCAAGGCUUUGAUUCGGCACAGGUGAGCCUCGCGCGCACUGCUGACAGGAGCACACGGAUCCGGUCACUGCUGCACGAGACACCGAGGACGUCGCUUCGCUUGAUUUUAUUUCUUUAAUUUUAAACUUAUCGACCGAAAAGAGUCUCUAGUGAAUUGUUUUUUGUAAUGAAAUGUCUUAUCCAGAUGAAUUUUGGCGGAUAAGCGCGUUUUUUCUGGCUGUUUUACUCCGCUUCACUUUUCGAGGUGCAUCCUGCCAGCUCGUGGUUUCCCCCGCUGGUCCCACGCUGCAGACCGCUUUGGUCGGCCACAAUGUGACCCUGGCUGUGUCCUUCGCCGGUGCCCCCGACCCAGUGGUUAUCUGGUCCAUGGCAGACGUACCUGUGGUCACAUGGGUCAUUGACUCCGCUGACCCCCCUGUCAUAGCCGAGGCCAGCAGGAAUGUGCUGAGGAUUGAUGCAAAUGGCUCCCUCAGCUUUAUAAACGUGCCACUUGGAUAUACCAGUAACUACACCAUUGAAAUGACAAAGUCUGGACUGGGGAAAUCCUCCAUUACUUUCACUCUGAAAGUCUUUGCGAGGCCGGCGGGUGACUCGACGUGCUCGCUGCAGUCGGUGAACAGCGUGGACCUGCAGUACUACUGUCAGUGGCCCGGGGGAACCCCACCAGCUCGCCUUUCUUUCCCAGCACUAAACUCUUUCCGCAGUGGAGAAGGAAACCUGAGCCUGAUCUUCCCAGCCUCGCCUGACCUCGACGGGAAAAUGGUCACGUGCCUGGCUGACCACCCUGUCGAAUUGAGUAACUGCAGCAUCACCGCAGGGGGGCCCAGCAUGUUCCUGCCAGCUGUCAGGACCACGGUGGACCCUGAUGGCAAAAUAUUGGUGACCAUCAACUGCGUCAGUGAGGCCUCGCCUCCGGCUUUGGUCUCAUGGUCCAAGGGCAGCGACAGCAUCGUCGGCACGGCAACGCACCAAAUCAGCAGGGACACCACAGAGCUUCAGAUCCGCGAUUACGACGUCAGCAACUUCCUCCUCCAGAACUACGCGUGUACCUGCCGCAACCCACUGGGCAGCCAGAGGAGGGAAAUCCAGCUGAGAGGACCGUUGAUCUCAGAUUCCCGAUUAUUCACCAAUCACAAUGGAACCAUCGUCACGUUGACCUGGGAGGUCCCGCCCACCUCCAUCGUCACAGGGUUUGACGUCCAAAUGAAAGGACCAAACAGCCUGAGCAGGAAUCGAAGCGGUAACCAAACCAGAGGCAGCUCAGACUGGUUCCACACCAUCCAGCAGAAGCCCGGCCACGCCAGGAGUGCCGACAUCUUUUUCCUCGAUCCCAAGCUGACGUACGGGUUUCGGGUCAUCCCCAAAGCUCGCGGGACCGCGGGACCGCCGUCUGAGGCCCAAACAGCUGGUCCAGGUGAAGGGCUGAGUGGAUCCGCCAUCGCAGGACUCGCAGCUGGAAUCCCCUGCGGCCUUCUCCUCCUGGUCCUGCUGGGGGGCUUCAUCUACUUGUGCGUCUACUUGCACAAGAAAAAAAGUCGGCAGACGAGAUAUCCGAAGCCCAGAGCAGUUGAGAAGGCAGUGACGGCUCCGGCAGAACUUACUCCUCAUAACCUGCUGACGGGGGGGCUGAGGUCUCCUCCUGAUUACAACCGUUUGCAGCAGACCCCCUCCGAGAGAUCGGCGGCUCUGCCAGCUUUUGUCCCUGCCCCCCCCGUCAGGACCGCUACAAUUGUCUAAGCUCUGCACAUUCACUGUGGUGUAUAUAAUGCUGUACUUUUAAGUGUUUUAUUGCAGUCUAUGAUAGUCCUCUGUAUAUGUAUUUUAAACAAAUUGGAUUGAGUCAAAUGUUUUUCAGUUCAGAUUUUAUAACUUUAUUUAUAAUAAAUAUAAUAAUUUAUAAUCCAAAGUUCAAA